AUGCGGUCCAUCUAUUCUUCGGCUAAGUUCACGAUUGUGGCAGUAUCUGCAAAGCACGCUGACGAGGGUUUCGAAGUGCAGCGAAGCGCGGCUGUUUCGUCAGAGUGCAACUCUAUCGACGAUCUUAAUACGCUCUUGGCAGAAUCAUCCUGGGGUAGUCGAGGCUGGUGUUACCAAGAACAAGUAUUAUCUCAUCGAGCAGUUCUUUUCACUUGCAAGGGAAUUUUCUUUCAGUGUCAGAAGGCCACAUAUCACUUGGACGGUACAGUACUAUCGAAGACAAGUUACACGUCAAAACUUAGCACUUUCUGCUGGCGGACAGCCGAACAUAACCCCCAUCUACGAAAUCCGAAUUUCCCUAGUUGGUCCUGGCUUGGCUGGGAUGAUGUAGUCUCCUUCGAUAGAGUCCUCAUUCGCAUAGCUCGCACAAGUCAGAUUCUUGGAGGCGAUCGCCCACGAGACUUGAGGAAUCGAUCAACGACGCAUCCUAUUUAUCAGCUCCGGCAGCCAGUGCCAGAGCUGUCGGAGUUUCCUGCAAGCGAUGGCUUUGGAUUCCCCACAAGCACAGGUUCCGGAAUGUUUGUAGAUCUUGGUUGGCCUUCCAUGUCAAUCACCACGAGCUCAGCAUAUCUUUGUAUUUCGGCACGCCCGCAACAAAUCCGAAAUCGCAACGGUCUAUACGCCGUAUUCCCAACCAUUUGCAGCCAAAGCAACGCAACUCAAAGGGCCAACUUGUCAUGGCACCACGAAGUGGCCACUUUUGAUACCACCACACGUCAAGCGGGUCAGCAAAACGUGUCAUACGACAUCCGUGACCAUGACAGACAUCAAGGAUGUGAAGCAGAUACACCACUGGGUCACAUAUGGUUAGAUCUCAACUGGCGUGACAGUCAACCCGAGUUUCGCGUUAUGAAGUUUAUUGCUCUUGGUGGCCACUUGGAAUCUGAAGGGUCCGGCAACUGGCAAAUCACCAUGUUAAUGUGUCUUUUGGAAGUGGCUACAGAAUCUCAUUGGGAACGAUUCCAAAUUAUGGAUUGCUCGAUUCAACAGAGUUACUGGCUCAAGAUUAGUGGAUCUUGGGACAUGUUGUACAUCCAGUAG